GAGCCACCCGCCGAGGAGGGCCGCGCCAGCAUCUACCGCUCCGUCAUCAUCAACACCUCCAAAGAGAUGAUGUGCUUCAGCGACUUCCCCAUCCCCGACGACUUCCCCAACUACAUGCACAACUCCAAGAUCAUGGAGUACUUCCGCAUGUACGCCCAGCGCUUCAACCUGCUCCCACACAUCCGCUUCAGGACCAACGUGUGCCGCAUGGCCAAGCGCCCUGACUUCGCCACCACGGGCCAGUGGGAGGUGGUGACGGAAAGCGAGGGGAAGCAGGAGGCAGCUGUCUUCGACGCUGUGCUGGUGUGCACCGGGCACCACAGCGAGGCACACCUCCCACUCAGCACCUUCCCAGGGCUGGAAAAAUUUGAGGGCUGGUACCUGCACAGCCGGGACUACAAGAGCCCGCAGCCCUUUGUGGGGAAGCGGGUGGUCGUGGUCGGCACCGGAAAUUCAGGCAUCGACAUCGCGGUGGAGCUGAGUCACAUGGCCAAGCAGGUCUUCCUCAGCACCAAGCGUGGGACCUGGGUGAUGCACCGUGUGGCAGAUGGUGGGUAUCCCUUCGACUUCUCCCACAUCAGCCGCUGCCUACAGUUCCUCCAAAGCCUGCUGCCUCAAAACAUUGGCAACUUCAUCCUGGAGAGGAAGGUGAACGCCCGCUUCAACCACGCACUCUAUGGCCUCCAGCCCCAGCACCGGAUCUUUGACCAGCACCCGACCAUCAAUGACGACCUGCCCAACUGCAUCAUUUCGGGAAGGGUGCUG